CUGAGGGAAAUUUUGGAAGAAAAGAAUGAUAUCAAUUUAUACUCAGUGUUGCUGAGCUUGAUUUUGAAGUUCUCUGAAUUUAGGUACAGUUAUCUUCGAUUUCGUCGAAAACAAGUAGCCGACAAAUGUCCCACUGAUCCAUCGUACGUGCAUGUUAACAAUGCCUACGAACGGGCACUCGUUUUUAUGCACAAGAUGCCUCGAAUUUGGAUGGAGUAUGGCGAAUUUUUGAUUCAGCAGCGUUUUAUAACGCGAACAAGACGAGUGUUUGAUCGGGCUCUGAGGGCAUUGCCGGUCACUCAGCAUGAUCGCAUUUGGCCACUGUAUAUCAAAUUUGUCACCAGUCAUGAGAUUCCGGAAACAACUAUCAGAGUUUACAGGAGGUACCUCAAACUACUGCCAAAGCAUCGUGAGGACUUUGUUGAUUAUCUCCGUAAAAUUGAUCAUCUUGAUGAUGCAGCACAGCAACUUGCUAUCCUCGUAAAUGAUGAUAAACCUUACUCAGAACAUGGUAAAACUACUCAUCAGUUAUGGACAGAGCUGUGUGAAUUGAUAUCAAAAAAUCCAAUUAAAGUCCAUUCAUUAAACGUUGAUUCAAUAAUACGUCAGGGAAUACGAAGAUACAGUGAUCAAGUUGGAAUUCUUUGGUGCUCAUUGGCCGAAUACUAUAUCAGAAGCGGGCAUUUCGAAAAGCACCUGUAUUUCUUCGAGCAGAUAUAAUU